AUGCCUAACGCUGGAGGUUCACCGAUCACUGUAAAGAUUGUUGCAGCUGAAUCUUUAUAUAAAAGGGAUGUGUUUCGCAGUCCAGAUCCAUUUGCUGUUUUAACUGUUGAUGGUUCCCAAACUAAAUCUACAUCAGCUGCAAAGAAGACUUUAAAUCCAUAUUGGAAUGAAACAUUCCAAUUUCAAGCAAAUGAAAACUCAAUUCUCGUCAUUCAAGUAUUUGAUCAAAAAAAAUUUAAAAAGAAAGAUCAAGGAUUUUUAGGUGUUGUUAAUGUUAGAAUAGGAGAUGUCAUAGAUCUUAAUCUAGCAAAUUAUGAAGAGACAAUAACAAGAGAGUUGAAAAAAUCAAAUGAUAAUAUUGUUGUUAGUGGAAGAUUGAUCAUUGUUAUUUCACAUAAUGCAAAUAGCAGCAACAGACCAUCGAGACCUGUAUCAACAACGGGUGCUUCAAAUGUCCAACAAACUUUACAAACAGGAGCAAAUACUUCAAGUACAAAUGGUAGCUCAGCACCACCAGCUGCCUCCACAGUAGCAGGUGGUACCUCAUCGGCUGCUGCCAAUAAUGCUAAUAGACAAUAUUCAUCAUUUGAAGAUCAAUAUGGUAGAUUACCACCAGGAUGGGAAAGAAGAACUGAUAAUUUUGGUCGUACUUAUUAUGUUGAUCACAACUCAAGAACAACAACAUGGAAAAGACCAACAUUAGAUCAAAGUGAAAGUGAAAGAGGCCAACAAAGACAAAAUUUGACAGAUGCUGAACGUAGACAGCAUCGUGGAAGAACCUUACCAGAUGAUAGACCACAAUCCCCAGGUGCUCCAAAUAAUAUUACUGUCAAUACAACAGGUGGUACCCCAGCUGCAGCUGGUACUUCUGCUGUUUCAAUGGCUGCCACAGGUGCUACAACUGCUGGGCUAGGAGAGUUACCACCUGGUUGGGAACAAAGAUUCACACCAGAAGGAAGAGCUUAUUUUGUUGAUCAUAACACAAGAACCACUACAUGGGUGGAUCCAAGAAGACAACAAUAUAUUAGAACUUAUGGUGCAAAUACCACAGUACAACAGCAGCCAGUUUCACAGUUAGGUCCAUUACCAAGUGGAUGGGAAAUGAGAUUAACAAACACUGCAAGAGUUUAUUUCGUUGAUCAUAACACCAAGACAACAACUUGGGAUGAUCCAAGAUUACCAUCUUCAUUGGAUCAAAAUGUUCCACAAUAUAAGAGAGAUUUUAGAAGAAAAGUUAUAUAUUUCAGAUCACAACCUGCAUUAAGAAUUUUACCUGGACAGUGCCAUAUUAAAGUUAGAAGAGAUCAUAUCUUUGAAGAUUCUUACCAAGAGAUUAUGAGACAAACACCAGAAGAUUUGAAGAAGAGAUUAAUGAUCAAAUUCGACGGUGAAGAAGGUUUAGAUUAUGGUGGGGUUUCUAGAGAAUUCUUCUUUUUAUUAUCACAUGAAAUGUUCAACCCAUUCUAUUGUUUGUUUGAAUAUUCUGCUCAUGAUAAUUAUACAUUACAAAUAAAUCCAAAUUCUAACAUUAACCCAGAACACUUGAAUUAUUUCAAAUUUAUUGGUAGAGUUGUUGGUUUAGGUGUUUUCCAUAGAAGAUUCUUAGAUGCAUUCUUUGUUGCUGCAUUAUACAAGAUGAUGUUACACAAAAAGGUGAUAUUACAAGAUAUGGAAGGUGUUGAUGCUGAAUUUUACAGAUCAUUAAAAUGGACAUUAGAAAAUGAUAUCGAUGGAGUGUUGGAUUUGACAUUUAGUGCAGAAGAUGAAAGAUUUGGUGAAAUAGUCACUAUUGAUUUGAAAGAAGGUGGUGCGGACAUUGAAGUCACAAACGAGAAUAAGAAAGAAUAUGUGGAAUUAAUUACAGAAUGGAGAAUUUAUAAACGUGUUGAAGAACAAUUCAAGGCGUUCAUGGAUGGAUUUAAUGAAUUGAUACCGGAAGAUUUAGUCAAUGUUUUCGAUGAAAGAGAAUUAGAAUUAUUGAUUGGUGGUAUUGCUGAAAUUGACGUUGAAGAUUGGAAGAAACAUACUGAUUACAGAGGUUACCAAGAAACAGAUGAAGUUAUUCAAUGGUUUUGGAAAUGUAUCUCUGAGUGGGAUAAUGAACAGAAGGCCAGAUUGUUGCAGUUCACAACCGGUACUUCCAGAAUUCCUGUCAAUGGUUUCAAGGAUCUACAAGGUUCUGACGGUCCAAGAAGAUUUACCAUCGAGAAGGCAGGUGAAUCAAAUCAAUUACCAAAAUCACACACAUGUUUCAAUAGAGUUGAUUUACCACCAUAUACCGAUUACGAAGCUAUGAAACAUAAAAUGAGUUUAGCUGUUGAAGAAACUGUUGGGUUCGGUCAAGAGUGA